UUGCACCCAGCAGGGAACCGGACAUUGUGCCUUCUGGCGCGUCUGAAAAGCGCAGGAACAAAUGUCAGUUUUAUGAAUAGUUUCUUUUCUAGAACAAAGUCACACGCAUGUCAUGCAAAAACAUCUACGAGGCUUUUUCCCCCUUUCAGUUCAACAACCCGGUGUUCAGACAUGUUUUGAAAACAUCUCUCCUCCUCCAGCUGCAUUUGUAGACUAAACUGUUGUCUCACUUUGUUGUCUCUGUGUCAGACGAGGUGCAAAUCCAGAAGAAAUUGACUUCCUCCUCCUCGUCUUCCAUCUCCUCCUCCACAUCGUCGUGGUGCAGCAGCAGCCAACGCGGUGAGUGCGUCCUGCAGCAGCAGCAACAACAACAGCAGCAGCAGCAGGAGAAGGAGCAGCAACGCACAUGUCGUUUUCUGGACGACCUGAUAACCGUCUUAAACCGAGUCAAACCAGGUAUUCUCCGGGGAUCCGUGAAUACCGAUGGCUUCAUGUGUAGAUACUGUCUCUGAAAAUUACGCAUCGAGCCCUUACAGCUGAGGUGCAGUGGCACUGAGGGGAGCAAUCUCAGUGCAUCCCUUUGAACACACACACACACACACACAAACACACACACACAACACACACACAACACACACACACACACACACACACACACACACACACAGCCUUUUGGAUUCAAGCACUUCACAAGAGACAAUGAGAGGCUACCUGCUGACUGCAAUCUUUCUGCUGCCCUUGGUGGCCUCAGAGUCAGAGCACUGCCUAAUCAAGCAUGAACAUGAGAAAUGCAUGGAGAUGAUCAUGCAGCAGAACCCCAGCGAUGACGUUGAAUUAAUGUGUCCGUGGAUGUGGGAUAACCUGACCUGCUGGCAGGCGGCCAAUGUUGGUGAAGUUGUGGUGUUCAACUGUCAGGAGCUCUUCCAUGACUUCAUGGACCCUGUGGAUGAGUUGGGGAAGGUCAGUCGUAACUGCACCGAGGACGGUUGGUCUGAACCCUUCCCUCACUAUGCGGAUGUCUGCUUCUUCUAUGACAACACCACUAAACCUGACAUUUACUAUGCCUCAGUCAAGGCCCUGUACACAGUUGGCUACAGCACAUCGCUGGUGUCUCUGACUACAGCCAUGGUCAUUCUCUGCAGGUUCAGGAAGCUCCACUGCACCAGAAACUUCAUUCACAUGAACCUGUUUGUGUCCUUCAUCCUGAGAGCCAUCUCAGUCUUCAUCAAGGAUGGGGUGCUGUACGCUCAGGAAGACAGCGACCACUGCUUCGAACACACAGUGGCGUGUAAAGCAGUGAUGAUUUUCUUUCAUUACUGUGUGAUGUCAAACUAUUUCUGGCUGUUUAUUGAAGGUCUUUAUCUCUUCACUCUGCUGGUGGAGACUUUCUUUCCUGAAAGACGCUACUUCUACUGGUACACUAUUAUAGGAUGGGGAACUCCCACCAUCUGUGUUACGGUCUGGGCUGUUCUGAGGCUUCACUUUCAUGACACUGGAUGCUGGGAUACAAAUGACAACACUGCCCUCUGGUGGGUGAUCAAAGGACCUGUUGUGGCCUCCAUUAUGAUCAACUUUGUCCUCUUCAUUGGAAUAAUCAUCAUCCUGGUGCAGAAGCUUCAGUCCCCUGACAUCGGAGGAAACGAAUCAAGCAUUUAUCUCAGCUGUGCUCAGAAAUGCUUCAGUGAGCCCACACAGGCUGUUCAGCAUUCGUGCAGGAUGUCAGAGUUAUCCACCAUCACACUGCGUCUGGCGCGGUCCACCCUCCUGCUCAUCCCCCUGUUUGGUAUUCACUACACUGUGUUCGCCUUCUCACCUGAAGAUGUCAGCAAGAAAGAGAGACUGGUCUUUGAGCUAGGACUGGGAUCCUUCCAGGGCUUUGUUGUAGCUGUCCUCUACUGUUUCCUCAAUGGAGAGUUUCUCCCUGAAGGUGCAGUCGGAGAUCAAGAGGAAAUGGCGCAGCUGGACGGUGAACCGGUACUUUGCUGUGGACCUGAAGCAGCAAAGGCACCCUUCGUUGGCCAGCAGUGGAGUGAACGGCGGGACUCAGCUGUCGAUCCUCAGCAAGAGCAGCUCCCAGAUUCGUAUGUCCAGCCCACUGGCGGAGAAUGUCAACAUCAGCCUCCCAACCUGAGCGUCUGAUUGGCAGGAGUCAACUUCAAGGUGCCGUUCCACUUAUGUACAUCCAGACCAACCAGAGCAGAACAAAGUGGCCCCUCAUAACUCUUACAUUCUAUAGGUAGGCCUUUCCGAAAAUAAGAUAUUUCUGAAAGCAUUUAUUGGAGAUUCUUUAGAGGUGCAUAGCUGACUUUCAUACUUUAUAACCUCAUUUGAAUAUACAAUAUCGUUUUUUUGAGCAUUUUAGUUGACUCUGAUUGCGAUCUUUCCUGAUUAAUGAUUGAUAUCUUGAUAUCUUAACUGACAAAUUCCAUUACAUCGAUUAAAACAGAGACAUAACAGAAAUUCCCUUUCUACCAAUGUUUUCUAUUUAAAAUGUUUUAAAUAAUAUUGAUGGGGAGUUGUUGCCAAAAACAGUACCAACUGUAAAAAGUAAAUAAAUAAAAAAUAGUGAACAGUUAAACAUCAAAUGUAGGGGUCACAUGUUUGUGUUUAAAGUAGAUGUGCUUCAAAGUGCCAUACAGGUUGCCUGACUGGAUCCUCUUACAGGAUCUUUUUGCUGUCCAAAGUUAAUUAACAACCAGUUUCGCCUUGCUUGUACAAAUGCUCAUUGUUUAAAUGUUUCAUCUUAAAUUCAAACAUUUUUCUACAAUCAGCCGUAAGUACUGAGUAUGUCAAAAGAUAAAUUGGGGGGCUCAUGGACUUUGUAAAUAAUUACCGUUACGAUCAGGAACGCAGUAUUGUAAUGACCUUUUACAAACAAAAGGAACUGGAGCCCAAAUCUGUAGAUUUCAUCACACAUCCUGAGGACCCCGAAGAUCCUGCCCCCUAUAUUCUGACCAAUUUUUUUAUAUUAAAUAAACACAAAAGAAACAUAGUGCCAAAACGAAUGAGCACUGUAGGGCAGUGGUUUAAUCUGAGGGGUUGUGAAAUGUCAGAUGCAAGUUAGAAAAGUAAAUCAACAUUUUUCGCCAUUAAAUUGUGUUUAUUAGCUAUUUUUCAUGUAAAACCAGAACCAGGAAAAUCCGGCUUAGCUUGAAGUGCUCACAGCUCAUAAAAUGUGUGACUUUUUAAGAGGGGUCUUGAUUUGACUUUGAAUUGUUUUAAAUGAUCACAAGACAAACUAUAGACCAUCUGGCAAUGGGAUCACACCAGCUGCAAAGCUAAAUCCAGCCAGGGGUGUAAACUGGGGGGGGGCAAGGCCCCUUUUUUACUUUCUAUCCCCCUGAUUCUGGUGACCUUGCGUGUCUUGCCAUUUUGGCACAACACGCCCUGCGUAGCAUUGAAGCGCUAGGAUUGGCCAGACGUCCAUGCUCUCACAUUCAGAUCAUGUCCCCAAACAAACUGGGCCAUCCUGACCCUGAACAUUCGAGGUCAAUGCCUACCCUUAACCAUCUUGCCAAACCACUUAGCUGCUACGCAGGUCGUCUCUUGCCAAGAAAAGUGGGAUUUAUGAUGUGUCCUCACAGCUAGUGUCAGUAGUUUCCUCCAGUUGAUUUCCCUCUCACAGACUUCUUGCAGACUGUGAACAUAACGUGCCAUUUAGUGGAUGCUUUUACCCAAAGCUCCUCAUAGUGCCAUGAGUUUAUAUGUACAGCAUUGUAUUGUAAGCAGCAAAAAUCAAAUCCUCAGCAUGAUUUUAAAAAUAACAGGACUCUUUGUCUUUGUCCUCUUUUCUCUAAGCUUCAACCCAUUGUGCCAUAACAACUUGCAUUCAUUUAAAAAAAAUAAGGAAUGAAUCAUCUCCUACACUCAUAUUCCGAAGUGCCUAUAGUCAGUCUCAAAUAGUUGUCACUUCUAUUUCCAGUACAUUACACAGAUAUCUUAAAGUUGUAGUAACAGUCAUUUCCUGCAGAGAAUGUUUAGAAUGGUGUGUUUUUAUUGUGGAUUGUAUUGCAAUUCUUCAAGUGAGUCAAAAGAGUCCUGCUUUGUUAUUUUUUUCAUGAUGAGUUUGACAAGAGUUGUGUAAUAGCUCCACAUAACUGCUAUCAUCUAUUCAAGAUAGUCCGUUUCAAUCCAGCCCCAACAUCAAACACAAAAACAGCUUCAAAACAAUAUAUAUGUUGUAACGGUCAACACUAAAUGCUUUAAUGUGACAGCUUUUGACAAUCGCAGAGUGUUGCCCAUUUUCUCUUUCUGUCUUUUUUUGUUUGUGCACAAACUAAGCUAACAAACAAUAAAUGUUGAGGUGAGGAAAUCAUUUAAUAAGAUGACAUGUGAUGCGUACAGGAGGAUUUAUUAACAAUAUUUAUUCAAGAUAUUUAUUUUUUUGAAUGUCAUCUGAGCGGAUUAAAAGAAUGUAGUAUCUUUGAACAAUAUAUUGAAUAUUGUUGAACAGAAAAUGAUGUAUAUUUAUUUACCAUAAACUGGUUCCAUGUGAAAUGAUUCAAUGUAUAGUACACUAAUGUGUCAUUUAGUUUAAUGCCUGAUGUAGGAUUUCAUUACAUUGAGUGAUAUUGACUCUCUUGGUCAAAGUGCCAUAAAUGUAGUGACAACUGGUGAGAUGUGUGGAAUAAUGUCUCCUUUCUGAUUUUGAAGAAAACAAAAAACACUCACAGGAAAUUGCUGUCCAAAGCUGCAGAGCUUAUUGUGAGAAAUAAAACACGUACAUAAACUCUAAAAAGUGAGAUAAAGCAUACACACCACUGAGGAGAUGCAUCAGUUUUAUGCAUUUGCUUGGCUGCCUUUGGACAAAACAAUGUGUAACAAGACACUAUUGAAUGAACUAGAGCCAGAGGUUUAAUUAGGAAGUGGAACAACUGCAACAGAUAAAACACAAUGUUUGUAUGAGGGUGUGAUAAAAACCACUCUGCUGCUGCUUACGUGUUCUAUCCCCAGCUGAGUCUGAAUCGGCUCAGAUGGAAACGACCAUGUCUAAAACCUGUUACUGUCUGUAAAAGAAGAGUAGACAACUCCUUACUUUACUAUGUAUGCACUGUAUAUUUGUUUACCACAAGGUGGCGUCAAAGUCUUAGAAUUUUGGUUUGACAGUUUUGUAGAAAGGGGGAAGUUUGACUGGCAUUGAUUUGCUUUUUGAGUCUUGUACUUUGGAUUUUGGAUGAAAUAGGGGUAGGGCACUUAAAUGCACCAUGCUUAACAUUAUUCACAUCUAUGUUUUGUGAUUUUUCUCUACACAAAUCAACAAACAAGCCUACAAAUUAGGAUUUUCUGAAUCAGCACUGAUCCCCUCUUAAUUCUAGAAUUUUCCUCCUUCUCUCUCUAAUUUCUAAAUUUACUGAGAUGCGAGUAAAAAUUGAGAAUUGGGGGUACCUUUGAAAGAUUAAUAUCACUUUCAUGUGUGUAAGCUAAAUAUUAGGCUACAGCCAGCAGCCGGUUAGCUUAGCACAAAGACUGGAAGCGGGAGGAAACAGCUAGCUGGCUCUGUUGACAGGAAAUACCUCACUUAACUUCCUGUAAAACCACAACAUGUAUUUCUACUCUUCUGUUGUGCAGAUUAAAGCAACAAGAUGUAGGCCUAGGCCUUACUUUUCUAAUAGUGUGUGUCCACUAGCUACUAUCUACUAGCUAGCUGUUUAGUCUUAGCUGGUGUAUAUUGGCUAACUAAUAGCUACAUUAUCACUAGCUAACUGCCCCCCUUGAUAUUCCUCUCAGCAAGAAAGCAAACAUUUAAUGUUUUUUCCAAAAAUGUCAAACUAUUCCUUUAAAGGUAACUAUUAUGUGUGUGUGUGUGUGUGUGUGUGUGUGUGUGUGUGUGUGUGUGUGUGUGUGGUGUGUGUGUGUGUGUGUGUGUGAGUUGAUUGCCAACACAUUUUUGAAUGUACUGAUGUUGCUCAGCUGCUCUUACAUGUCUCCUGCUAUCAAUUUGCCAUGGUGUACAAAUGAUGUCUUUUUGAUUAUAUAUACAGUACACUGUAGAUGUAUAUUUUUGGCACACAGGUCGGUGGACCUCUUGACCUCUUGAUGUUUGUGACUGUGUUUUUGUACAUUUAUGUUAAUGUAACAGUUUUUAAAGUGAGUAUGUUUGAAAGUUGGAGAGAGUGUAUACUGUACGCAUGCGUAUCUAAUGACAAGCAUUAAUGAGGAUAUAAGUAACUUAAAUGUCAAAAGAAUAUAUAUAAGACCUCAUCCAUAUUAUGUUCUACCUGUGACAGUGUGUCAUGUGUAACAUGCGUUCUGGUGUCCUAAAUUCAUGUCCCAGGUUGUGUAAGUUUAACUGCAAAAUAAAUCUAUCUGGUAAAUUGUU